GAGAGCUACAAUCUGCUUAGGCUCAACAACACGAUAUCGGUAAACAUGGAGCCCAAGACCUGGGGGGAGUGAAACAAAGUUAAAAGCGGCUAAAGAAACCGUACAGGACAAAACCUAAUGGCUGCUACUGGAACUCCAAGACCAGGCUGGGUUGCUUUUUCAGAUGAGGAGUCACAGGCAGAUGAGGACCACCUCCAGUCCUCUCUAGACCAGCCUGUCCUGGACUCCUCUACCUGGGUAGAAGAAUCAUGUGUGACUGACCAGAAGUCAGAGCAGACAAAUCCAUGGGUUCAGUUUGAUGAUAAACCAUGGUCACCCUCUCCUCCUCCUCCAACACAGGAAAAAGGUCCCAGACACAGCAUUUGCUCUUCGGCCAGUUUCUGGAGUGCUGUUCCCCCGUCAGAGAGCAGCUGGACCACCCAAUCAGAGGAGCAGAGCUCAGUGAGCAUGGGGGCGUCUUCCUGUGACCUGCCAUCUCUGAACACUGAAGAGCCAGCCAGUCAUUCACCCUCCUGUCCACACUCUCCCAAUUCUUCUUUGUGCCAAGACGAUGAAGGAAUGAACAUGGAUUCAUUCAACUGGACAGCAAAUAACCAACACACCAAUGGCCAAGCUUAUGUCACCUCCAACCGCUUUGCCAGCUGGGUUACUUUUGAUGAGGAUGAGGACUCUGUGUUACAGCCUCCGGGGAGGCCGUCUAAUAUAAAACUGCAUAACCUCAACAAUUCUCCUCUGCAGGAUGCCAACAGCAACCUGAUUCCCUCUUUAUUUUGUGGCCAGAUGCCAGAGAGACACAUCCUGGACUUGACCCCUGAUGGCAACAAUUCAAUCUUUGCGUUUGAUAACACAUUAUCAAAAAACAGCGUCCCUUACAACAAGAAGAACCCUUUCUUAGAUGAUGACUUCUCCAACCUAAAGCCCUCUCCUAUUAACCCCUUCAGUGCCUAUUUUGACGAAACAGACUUGAAAACUUCCCAAGGCAUUGGCUUGUGUUCAGAGGCAUCGGAUGUGUCUGCUUUCAGCUCACCUUUCUUUGGAUAUCAAAAUGCUGAUAUCAAAAGGGAAUCUAUUUUGCUUUUUCCACCUCAGAAAGACUCUGCAAUUGAAAAAGAUAGUGUCCAGUCAAGCUUUCCUGUAGAUGGUCUGAAUCAGCUCAGGAAUAUACACAUCUCUGACCCUGACCGUGAUGAUAGUCCUCCUUUACCUGAUUCAGUGGAUGAAGCGGACUCCACUGAUUCCACUUAUGAACCACACCACAUGACACCUCAGGAAGGCUGGCCGAUGCUCCUGCGUAUUCCUGAGAAGAAGAACAUCAUGUCCUCACGUCACUGGGGACCAAUAUUUGUCAGGUUGACGAACAGCGGCCAGCUGCAACUUUUCUAUGAGAAAGGGCUGGAGAAGCCCUUUAAAGAGUUCCAGCUGAACUCCCAGCAUGAAAUAUCAGAGCCCAAGCUUCAAAACUACGAUGAAAAUGGCCGGGUUCACACCAUCAGUGUAGACCAUGUGGUUUACAAGGAAAAGAGGAAGAUCCAGCCCAAGGUCACAGUGGUUCAUUUGCCUGUCAAAGAGCAAGUGGUGAAACUUGGGACUACAAACUACCAGGACUUCUUAAGCUUUCGUCACGCUCUACAGGAGAGACUUGUGGGCCUCUCGAUGGACCAAGAAGGUCUCAACUGGCCAACGACUUACACUGAAGAGGAGGUCCAUGUGGAGGUGAGGGAUGACUUUUAUGGGAUUCUCUCCAAAGGAGACAGCCGGAUCUUGGAGCAGCUGGUUUUUACCCGAGUGAACAUGCUAGCCUUCUUGAAUGGAUCCCCACCUUGUAGUAUCGGCCUCAAUGAUAUCCAGAUCAAAGGUAAAGAGGUGGUUUCUCGGCAUGACAUAAUUCCUAACACAACCUCACGUUGGAUUCAACUGCGGGACUGUCGAUUGCAUGAGUGUGCAGACCAGCUAGAGUUUAACGAGUCCCGAGCCAUUACGUUCAGCCCACCGGUUGGCCGCCGAUUUGAACUGCUUCGUUUCCGCACUCCGUUUGCCGAAAAAACCCUUCCCUUCACUCUGAGAACUGUUGCUUGUGUCAGGGGUGCAGAAGUGGAGAUGCAGUCCUGGCUGAUAAUGUCAACCGGGUUCUCAUCCAAUAGGGAUCCUUUAACGUUAACACCAUGUGAGAAUGUUGCAAUUCGUUACCCCAUACCAGAAAUUUGGGCAAAGAACUUUAGGCGCGAGAGUGUGACGGGAGAGAAGUCUCUGAAGGCUCGAUUCAACAAAGGAGCCAGCUUUGGUUCGACUAGCACAUCAGGGUCUGAACCAGCCAUGAGGGUCACACUCGGCACAGCCAAAUACGAACAGGCCUUUAAGUCUGUAGUAUGGAGGAUUGGUCGCCUGCCGGACAAGAAUUCAGCGCUGGGUCAUCCUCAUACAUUCUUCUGCCGUUUGGAGCUGGGCUCAGAUUGGGAGGUGCCGCCAACAUUUGAAUGCGUGGUCGAGGUGGAGUUUGACAUGCCUUCUGCUUCUGCGUCCAAAGCCGCUGUUCGCUCUCUGUCUGUGGGGGACAAAACUGACUUGAAGAAAUGGAUCACCUACAAAUCGCAUUACUCCUAUCAGGUGGCGGUGGAGCAAAAGAAUGAAACCACAGUGGAGGGGACUCCGAGUGAGAGAUCUAGUGAGUGCACUCAGCAGUGAGGAAACACAAGAGGGAGGUUUACAGGUUGCACUUGAUGAACAAGAGGAAGUUCGGCCCUGACCUUGGGUAGUUUUCGUUUACAUUUUUUUAGUGUAAUGUUAAAAUGAAACUAAGACACAUUUUCAGCAUGAAUGAUUGGGGAAAUGGAAACACUGCAGAAUAUUUCUAGAACUCUAUGUGUCCAAAAUAUUUCAAGUAUGUGACUUGCUGUUGCAGCAAAUUCUUAUGAUUUUGUUUGAUGGAUAUGGCAACCCACAUAGCAAUUUAUUUCCAGUCAUGAUUUGUGUAAAAAAAAUCUAUAUUUUGCCUAUGAAGUGUCAUUUCUUUAGGUUUAUCAGGUCAGAUUUCUUGCUAUUUAAUUAUUUACCAAGGAUAACGAGGGACUGACACAUUUUCAGAGCUUUUGAAUUAGAAUACAGAUAAUUAAGCCUAACUUCUAAUAAAAUAAAUGCUAGUAUAACAAAAAGGUACCAUCAACCUUAGAUUUGUGAUCUUGAGACUUUUAUAAGCACAUUUUAAUUGGUUAUAAAUAUUUAUAUUUGAGUUCCAUUUCCAUGCAUUUUUAGAUCAACAAUUUCAAAUAAAAAAUAUAAUUUACAUUCAUUUGACUUUAAGUUUAUUUCUCAAACACUGAGAAACAAAUCUGAUGAACUGAAGAUUAAUUAGGUUCAAGUCCUAAAGCAUUGUAUUGCUAUGAGGGAAAUAGAUUGUGAAUGUCAAACACCCUUUAUUUUGCACAUGUCGUUGAGUUUAAGUGAGCAUAUUUUUAUUUAGUUUUAACACUUUAAAGUAAGUUUCGUUAUGUACGAAGUGGCCAAGAGAGCUUAACUUGCUGCAAUUAAAAAAAGCACAUGCCAUUACAAAAAGCGACAGCAAAUUGAGAUAAGAUCUUCAUCCAUUUGACAGCAUACAAGCUGCAAAUCAUUACAACAUAAACACAU